UCUUCUAGUACUGCUUUUUAUUAUUAUUAUUAUUAUCAUCAUCAUCAUCAUCGUCGACGUCGCUUAUUUGCUGGCCUAAAUUGUGGAUUAUUCUCUGUCUUGAGAUCCGGAACCGUUCCUGGUGUGGGCUUGAUGCAUGCUCCGUUUGCCUUAUUACCCACGUCAUUUCCUGAAAGUCAUUGGAGGCAAGCGUGUGACUUAGCCCCUUUGUUUAAUGAACUUGUUGAUCGGGUCAGUUUGGAUGGAAAAUUUCUACAGGAAGCUCUCUCCAGAACAAAGAAAGCGGACGAAUUUACCUCUAGACUUUUGGAUAUUCAUUCCAAAAUGCUAGAGAUUAACAAAAAAGAGGAAAUACGCUUGGGACUACAUCGAUCAGAUUAUAUGCUUGAUGAAAAGACUAAGUCACUUUUGCAAAUAGAGCUGAACACUAUUUCCUCUUCAUUUGCUGGUCUUGGGAGUCUUGUGACCGAACUUCAUAGGAACAUACUUUCUCACUAUGGAAAAUUGCUUGGACUAGAUUCCAAUAGGGUUCCAGCCAAUCCUGCUGUCAGUCAGAAUUCUGAGGCCUUGGCUAAAGCUUGGAAUGAGUAUAAUAAUCCCAGGGCUGGGAUUAUGUUUGUGGUUCAGGCUGAAGAACGAAACAUGUACGACCAGCAUUUUCUUUCUGCAGUUCUUAGAGAAAGGCAUCAUAUUACAACCAUACGAAAAACGAUGGCAGAAGUUGAUCAAGGAGGAGUAAUUCUACCAGAUGGAACACUUACUGUGGAUGGACAAGCAAUUGCUGUCAUUUACUUCCGGGCUGGCUAUGCACCAGUUGACUAUCCUUCAGAAUCAGAAUGGAGUGCUAGGCUACUGAUGGAACAAUCUUCUGCUAUUAAAUGCCCCUCAAUAUCUUAUCAUUUGGUUGGCACCAAGAAGAUUCAACAGGAACUUUCAAAGCCUGGUGUUCUUGAGAGGUUCCUUGAAAACAAAGAUGAUAUUGCCAAACUGCGUCAAUGCUUUGCAGGAUUGUGGAGUUUGGACGACUCAGAUAUGACUAGAAAAGCGAUUGAAAAGCCAGAGUUAUUUGUGAUGAAACCCCAAAGAGAAGGAGGAGGAAACAAUAUUUAUGGUGAUGCUGUGAGGGAAACCCUCCUAAAAUUGCAGAAAGCAGGUUCUCAAGAAGAUGCAGCUUACAUCCUUAUGCAGAGGAUAUUUCCGAAAAUUUCUGCAGCAGUUUUGAUGCGGAAUGGUUGUUGGCAUAAGGAUCAUGCCAUUUCAGAACUUGGGAUAUUUGGUACUUAUUUAAGGAACAAGGAUACCGUUAUCAUGAAUAACCAAAGUGGCUAUUUGAUGCGUACAAAAAUAUCAUCAUCAGAUGAAGGUGGGGUUGCAGCUGGUUUUGCGGUAUUAGAUAGUGUAUACAUGACUUGAUGGAGCUAACCCCUUAAGUUACCAUGAUAAUUCAAAAGAUUACGUAUUACGUAGGUGAUGGUUUACAUGUUAUCAAAUAAAACUACUGAUUUUAUUCUGCCUCCUCAAAAAGUGAAAGAAGAGGUGAGGCCACGUUGUUUCCUUUGCUUUUUCCCAUGGGAUUUUGUAUAGUUAUAUAAUUUGCCAAUGCUUUCUUAAUUGAACUCAACAACCUGUUUCAUUCUAACCAAUAAAGAUUGAUGAACUGUUCAAACCUGUUCGUUG